GUCUCUUAGCCAAACUUGGAGUGGAUUCUAGUUGGGUCAUUAUACGCGUCCACUUCGAUUUCAGGGGAGGCGAGCAAAUCGGGUUGAUCUAGUGCCUGUCUUGAGACUAUUAAUGGCCGCUGGACGUGAAGCCACCAUGGAUCCCUUUUGUUUUGUCCUGCCUCCUCUUUCAGCGACGUACCAACGUUCGUCAUUCACUCGUUACUAGAUCUCAACUCUCUUUCACUGCUUUGCUUUCUGUUAAACCCAAUCCAACUUCAUUCACUCGCUAUAUACACCCGCGGCACCUAGAUCCGCAAAGCAUUUCACCAUGAAGUUCUCCUUGGUGGCACUGGCGACUCUGGUCGGCACUGCUGUGGCUGAUUUGGAUCCUAUCGUUAUCAAGGGCUCCAAGUUCUUCUAUUCCAGCAACAACACCCAAUUCUAUCUUCGCGGUGUUGCCUAUCAACAAACCGCGGAUGGCAACAGUUACACCGACCCUCUGGCGGAUGCCACUGCUUGUGCGCGUGAUGUUCCUAUCAUGAAGGAGCUUCGCACCAAUGUGAUUCGUACAUACGCCAUCAAUGCCUCGGCCGACCACUCCGCCUGCAUGAAGCUGCUGUCAGAAGCUGGCAUCUACUUGAUCUCCGAUCUCUCUGACCCAUCCCAAUCCAUCGACCGUAGUGACCCUACCUGGGAAACCUCCCUCUACACUCGGUACACUAGUGUCAUUGAUGAACUGUCUCAGUACAACAACACUAUUGGCUUUUUCGCUGGUAAUGAGGUUUCCAACACCGUCGCUACCUCGGAGGCUAGUGCCUUCGUUAAGGCUGCCGUUCGGGAUAUGAAGAAGUACAUUAAACAGAAGGGUUACCGGUCAAUGGGUGUUGGAUACGCCACUGCUGAUGUGUCUACUAUCCGCGAGAACAUGGCCGACUACUUCGACUGCGAGAGUUCCGACGAGUCGAUUGACUUCUGGGGCUACAACAUCUACUCGUGGUGUGGUAACUCAUCAUACACAGACUCUGGUUACAACACUCGAACUGAGGAGUUCCGCGACUACUCCGUUCCUGUAUUCUUCGCCGAAUAUGGUUGUAACGAUGUCACUCCCCGUCAGUUCACUGAAGUGACCGCUCUGUAUGGCGACACCAUGGCCCAAGUCUGGUCCGGUGGUAUUGUGUACAUGUACUUCCAGGAGACCAACAACUAUGGUCUGGUUUCCGUUGUCGACAGCACUAGUGUCAGCACCAUGGCCGACUUCAAGUCCUACUCAAAGCACAUCGCUACUGCAGACCCAACCGGUACCAACAAAGCAUCAUACACCCCCACGAACACUGCUCUGCAGAGCUGUCCUACAGUUGGCUCCGACUGGUCGGCCAAGGCAUCCCCUCUCCCCCCUAGCGCUGAUGUCGAUCUUUGUGAGUGUAUGUACGAUGCCGCCGGCUGUGUUGUGGCCGAUUCUCUCGCGACUAGCAAGUACAGCAAGCUGUUCAGCACUGUCUGUGGCUACACCGACUGCGGUGGAGUGGACCGCAAUGCCACCACCGGAGUGUACGGUGCCUACAGCAUGUGUAACCCCAAGCAGCAGCUCGCAUUCGCCCUGAACAAGUACUACGUCGAGCAAGACCGUUCCGCCUCUGCCUGCAGCUUCGCUGGUUCCGCUACCACCAAGGCCACUACCAGUGCUACCGGCACCUGCUCCGCCCAGAUGAAGGAGGCUGGUACCGCUGGAACCGGCACCGUCACUACUGAGGCUACUGCCACUGCUGACUCCAGUUCCUCUUCCGGCACGUCGACCUCGUCCAGUGGCGGUGCCAUGAGCAUUCACUCCAGUGUGACCUUCGGCUCUUUCCAGAUCGGUGCCUAUCUGGCCACUGCACUCCUGGCGGGUGUUGGCAUGAUUGCACUCUAAAUCUGCUCUCAAUUAGUCGGGACCGUCGGUUGAUUUUAGUCCUUUUCCAUUCUUGUGCGGUUUUAUUGUGUAUCCAUCUUCAUCUCUAG